UUUUCAGAGAUAUAUGCGUAUUCUAGCAAUGAUAUUAAAGUAGGCAGCAACAUUGAAGUGGAUGGAGCUCCUUGCAAGGUUAUAGAGUUUCUUCAUGUAAAGCCUGGGAAAGGGGCUGCAUUUGUGAGGACCACAUUGCGCAAUUAUGUAACAGGGAACACCGUUGAGAAAACUUUCCGAGCUGGAAGUAAGAUAGAAGAGGCAAAUAUCUACAAGGAAACAAAGCAAUUCACUUACAAAGAUGGUGCCCAGUUUGUCUUCAUGGAUCUGACCAGUUAUGAAGAAUAUCGUCUAAAUGAAAAAGAUGUUGGAGAUAAAGCAAAGUUUCUAAAAGAGGGCAUGGACUGCAGUUUGCUUUUCUGGAAUGGAAAGGUGAUCGACUUUGAAUUGCCUAUAACAGUGAAGUUGACAGUGGUGGAUGUUGAUCCAGGUCUCAAAGGUGACACUGCACAAGGUGGAUCAAAGCCAGCAACCGUUGACACCGGUGCAGUUAUUAAUGUUCCGUUAUUCAUAGGAAGGGGAGAGGAAAUUUUGGUGGAUACUAGAAACGGACAAUACAUGAGUCGCGCAAAGGAGGCUUGAGAUAAGUUUUGUAGCAAGUGGAAAUUUUGGUAUCAUAAUGUAUUAAAAUCAAGUGUUAUCCGGAGUUACGUUAGGACUUCACUGCAGAUGCUCAUUGACACUUUUGUUUUCCACCGAUUUGAGUAGACAAUGAAGUGAUGUAUAAAUUGGAGGUAAAAAUUAUCAGGUAGAUAGUCUGUUGUAUUGAAGAGAAGGUGUUUAUUACAGUAAAUGUAAAGGUCCUCGUUCAUUAUUUGAUGUAUCCUACACAUCUGGGAAAAACAUGUUUCAUUAACAUGAAAAUUGGAAUUAUACAAGAA